AACUUAUCAAUACUCAAGAAACUUUACGUAUUGCUAAGGCAUGGAAUAUAGUUAAUGAAUCGAAUUCAGAAGAAGAUUCAAAUAAAAAUUCUCAGGAUAGUUAUACUUCCAAUUCAGAUAUGACUACAAUACCAGAAUUAGCCGAUGUCAUAGAGGGUUAUUUAGAUAAUACUAGAAUAAACAGAACCAUUUUAGCCAACCAAAUAAAAAGAGCUACAAGGCAGAUUCGACGAAAAUAUACAAAUGAUCAAACUUAUUUAAUAAAUGAACAGCAACGAUAUAAAAG